AUGGCUUCAAGUAACGACGACCAAGAUGCCUCACUUCUAAUCAGCACUUUAACGAAUGAAGCGACUCGGCGCUACGGAACAGGCUCAAUAUCCCCAUCUGUAUACGAUUCAGCCUGGGUGAGUAUGGUUUCCCGCACAACUUCUUCCGGGACACAUUGGCUUUUCCCAGAAUGCCUUCAAUACAUACUUGAUACUCAGUCACCAGAUGGUGGAUGGACAUCAUAUGCCUCCCAGGUCGACGGGAUUAUAAACACUGCAGCCGCACUUCUCGCGCUGGGUUGUCAUGACACAGCGGAUCUCUGUGAACGGAACUCAGCACUUUAUUCCACCAUUCAGAGCAGAAUUUUGGUAGCUCAAAGAACACUGGAUUUCCAACUUCAAAAAUGGGAUGUUAAUGCCUGCGAUCAUGUUGGGUUUGAGGUCUUGGUUCCAGCUUUACUCUCCUUCCUGGAAGCAAAGAUCGGCGUGCAAUUUGCCUUCCCUGGGAAAGAAAGUCUCCUCAAGCUGAAUGCCGACAAACUACUUGGUUUCACGCCAGAGAUGAUGUAUGGUGAGUCGCAAAUAACUGCGCUACAUACACUUGAAGCUUUUGUGGGAAGUAUCGACUUUGAUAAGGUGGCUCAUCACAGAGUCAAUGGAGCUAUUCUUGGCUCCCCAGCAGCGACUGCAGCAUAUUUUAUGAACUGUACAGUAUGGGACAAUGAAUCAGAGGCUUAUCUGUGGUUGGGGGUAUACAAAGGGGGUGAAGUAUAA